AAAAAAGACUUCACAGCUGUGACUGCCCCCUUUUCCCUCUGCCUCCCUCGCCGUUUCUCUCCCUGUCUUUCUCUCUCUUACUCUCUUUCUCACUCUCACUCUCUCAAUCAGAAGUUUUUUUCAUUCUUUUAAAUGAUUUUUAGAGAGGGGGAAGAGGCAUUUGGUGCCUGGCUGGGUGCAGGAGCAUGACACACACAGGAGCCUGAACGUAGAGAAGAGAGAGGGAGAGAGAGAGAAUAUGCUAUAGCCUUCUCCUGGUGGGACAGACGGACAAGACAGGCAGGCAGACAGACAGACAGACAGACAGACAGACAGACAGACAGACAGACAGACAGACAGACACCUCACCGGACCUGCUCAACCAAACGCCUCUCCACUCAGACACCCUCACUGUCAGACGGACCAGACCAGGACUCAUUCCAACAGAGAAGAGGACAGACAGACCAACUCAUUCCAACAGAGAAGAGAGAGGCAGACAGACGGAGCAACAGGAGUAUUUCGUCAUCAUUACGGCUGCUCUUCUUUUUUUGGAAGUGCUUUUUGGAAGUGCUUUAGGAGAAAUUCUUGUUUUCUGGCGUCCCCACUGGAGACAAAUGGGAACAUAGGAGAACAUCACAAUCAUCAAAGACUUGUCAUCAUCCCUAUUGUUUUAAAAUAACUCUUUCCUCUGCUGACACGGUCUACAGGACAGUACAGGAGAGUACAGGACAGUACAGGACAGUACAGGACAGUACAGGACAGUAUGUCUACUAUAAUGAAUACAGGAGCGUAUUGGGCCUCUCUCUUGCUUCUGUGGAGCUUCCUGGUUAGUAGAACUUCAUCCUGGCCGGCUCGUGAACACCUCCAACAGCUCCACCAGCUCGGCUCACUCCACUCCGGACCCCUAGCCUCCCCGGCCCUCCUCAACCUCACCCUCUCUGAGAGUGCCGAGUCCAAGGUGGAGCGCCUGGGCCAAGCCUUCAAGAAGAAUGUGCGCACGCUACGGGAGAAGAGUGGACGUCUGGACCUGGUGUUCCUGGUGGACGAGUCAUCCAGCGUGGGGGCCAACAACUUCCUGAGCGAGCUGCGCUUCGUACGGAAGCUCCUCUCAGACUUCCCCGUGGCCCCUGAGGACACGAGGGUCGCCCUGGUUACGUUCUCGUCCAAGACCCACGUGGUGACCCGGAUAGAUCAUGUCACAGCGCCCAAGUCGCAUCAGCACAAGUGUUCUCUAUUUAACCAGGAGAUUCCGUACAGGGGAGGAGGGACCUACACUAAAGGAGCCUUCCAAAGGGCAGCGCAAAUCCUGCGUCACUCGCGGGCCAACGCCACUAAGGUGAUCUUCCUGAUAACGGACGGCUACUCCAACGGGGGCGACCCUCGCCCGGUGGCGGCCGCUCUGAGGGAGCAGGGGGUGGAGAUCUACACCCUGGGGAUCUGGCAGGGGAACAUCAGAGAGUUACAUGACAUGGCCUCACAUCCCAAGGACCAGCACUGCUACCUGGUGCACAACUUCGCCGAGUUUGAGGCCCUGGCUCGCCGUGCGCUGCAUGAAGACCUGCCAACAGGAAGUUACAUCCAGGAGGACCUAUCCCGCUGCUCGUCUCUGUGUGAGGCAGGUUCGGACUGCUGUGACAUCAUGGCCAGCUGCAAGUGUGGCACCCACACGGGCCAGUAUGACUGUAUCUGUGAGAAGGGCCACUACGGCAAGGGGCUGCAGCAAGAGUGCACAGCGUGCCCGCCUGGCACCUACAAGCCAGAGGGUACACCUGGAGGCCUGGGUACCUGCCUGCCCUGCCCUGACCAGCACCACACCUCCCAGCCCAGCAGCACCUCACGCAGCGACUGUGUCUGCAAGCAGGGCUACAGGCCCCAGGGGAAGACCUGUGAAGUGGUGUACUGCCCUGAGCUGUCUCCUCCAGAGAAUGGUUUCUUCAUCCAGAAUGUGUGUAAUAACCAGUUCAAUGCUGCCUGCGGGGUACGAUGCCAGCCUGGCUACGACCUGCAGGGCAGCGGCAUCAGACUGUGCCAGCCAGACGGGACAUGGUCAGGCUCUCCGCCCAGCUGCAGAGUGCGCUCCUGUCCCGCCCUAUCACCGCCCCAGCACGGACACAUGAACUGCAGCGAGGGUGGCGCCUCUAACAGGGCGGAGUGCGAGAUUCGCUGUGCAGAGGGCUACAGGCUGGAGGGAGACACCAGGCUCAGCUGUCAGGCCGACUCACUGUGGAGCGGGAUCCAACCACGGUGUGUGGAGGUGCGUUGUCCCCCCAUGGUGACUCUGAGGAACGUCCUGCUGUCGCCCCCUGCCUGUGGAAAGAGGGAAGUGAAGCCUGGCACCAUGUGCCGCCUCGCCUGUCUCCACGGUUACAGUCUCCAGGGAGACGUGGACGCACGCUGUCUCUCCUCUGGGGACUGGAGCACUAACGUCCACAAAGCCACCUGCACAGAUUCGGAGCGCCCGUGGAUCCAGUGCCCCAGAGACGUGUUGGCAGAGACGGACGAGCGGUGUGGCACUGCCAACAUCAGCUGGAAGGUGCCCACUGCUACUGACAACUCUGGGGAGGAGGUCCUGGUCCAGGUGAAGCCUGUGUACACCCCUCCCCAGCUGUUCCCUAUAGGAGAGGAGAAGAUAAUCUAUACAGCGACAGACCGUGCUGGGAACCAGGCUAACUGCACCUUCACUGUCACUGUCAUAGAUACGGAGCCCCCUGUGAUUGACAGGUGCAGGUCACCGCCCACUUUCCAGGCCACAGACACGCAGGCGGCCGUCUCCUGGGAGGUGCCACAGUUUUCCGACAACUCAGGUGGGCGUCUGAGUGUGUCCACCACACACACACCAGGCUCUCUAUUCCCUGUCGGAGAGACGGUGGUGAGCUACACAGCUACGGAUCAGGCAGGCAACAACCGCACCUGCCACCUCACCAUCACUGUACAAGGGUCCACAUGUGAACAGCCCUUCGUCCCAGUGAAUGGGGAGUUCUCCUGUUCAGAAGAGGAGGACGGGGUCAACUGUACUCUGUACUGUAAAGAUGGAUACAGCUUCACACAGCAGGACGUCCACAGCUACUUCUGUGCUAACAACGGAGUGUGGGAGCCGCCACACUCGCCCGACAGACCCGACUGCUCCUUGAACCGUAUUGCCAACCAUGGGAUUAAGCCCUUUGAGAUGCUGGUCAAAGCCUCUCGCUGUGAUGACCUGGAUCUGGUCAAGUCCUUUACCGGGGAGUUCAGCACUAAACUAGGAGACAUGCUCCCGACCAUCUGCAGUAAUGAUGAUGUUGCCUGCAAGUUAGAUGUGAUGUCACAGGGCCACUGUCUGGAGUACAACUAUGACUAUGAGAAUGGAUUUGCCAUCGGUCCAGGAGGAUGGGGCAGUAACUGGGGACCCCAGAGUGGUCAGGACUAUGCCUACUUCGAUACAGGCUUUGCCACGGACAGCCAGAGAACUCCUAUGCAACAGGACGGUACCGGCAGGACGGGAACCUCCCAUUACCGCGCCAAGAGGCACCGUAAGAUCGCCGGCCCCACCAGAGACCAAAAGAUACAGAUCUUCUUCAACAUCACAGCAAGCAUCCCGUUGCCCUCGUCCAGGAAUGACUCGGUGGAGGUAGCCAAUCAGAAGCGCCUGUUGCGGACCCUGGAGCAGCUGACCAAUCGGCUGAAGCGGACGCUGGCCAAGCAGCCUCUGUCGUCAUAUCACGUGUCUUCGGAGAUGAUUGUGGUGGCUGACCCCAAGUCCCUGGAGAGCAAGAGGGCCUCUCUGUUUUGCCGACCUGGGUCUGUACUGAAGGGGAGGAUGUGUGUCCAGUGUCCAGUGGGAACCUACUACUCCCUGGAGUAUGCAGAGUGUGAGAGCUGCUGGCUGGGGUCCUUCCAGGAACAGGAGGGUCAGAUGGAGUGUAAGACCUGUCCUGAUGGAUCCUCCACAGCCUACCUCCACGCACGCAGCCAGGACCAGUGCAAAGAGCAGUGCAGGCCUGGAGGUUACUCUGUGAACGGGCUGGAGACGUGUGAGUCGUGCCCACUGGGGCACUACCAGCCUGGGUUUGGGUCCAGAGAGUGUCUGGUCUGUCCGGAUGAGACCUCCACCGUCACCAGCGGGGCAAGGGAGAUGUCUGAGUGUGGAGUUCCUUGUUUGGCAGGUCAUUUCUCUCGAACAGGGUUGGUCCCCUGCUACCCCUGCCCCAGAGACUACUACCAACCCGACCACGGCCGCUCCUACUGCCUUGCCUGCCCUUUCUACGGCACCACCACAGUCACCGGGGCCACUGCCAUACAACACUGCUCCAGUUUUGGCUCUAGUUUCCUGCCCAAAGAGCAGAGUGUGACAUCAGCCCCAGAAGUGGUGGUAUCCCAGGACUACCAGGCUAGCAGCCAGGUGUUCCAUGAGUGUUUCCUGAAUCCGUGUCAGAACAGGGGCACGUGUGAGGAGGUGGGGGCGGGAUACGUGUGCACCUGUCUACCUGGUUUCACAGGGGCUAAGUGUGAGAGUGACAUAGAUGAGUGUGACUCGGCACCCUGCCAGAAUGACGGUCUCUGUAAGGAUGGCAUGGGAGACUUCCUCUGUCAGUGUAGACCUGGCUUUGUAGGUUCUCUGUGCGAGGCAGAGGUGAAUGAGUGUAGCUCCUUCCCCUGUCUGAACGAGGGAGUGUGUGUGGACGAGAUCAACCAGUACACCUGCAGCUGUGCUGACGGCUUCACAGGUUCCCGUUGUGAGCUGGAGAUAGAUGAGUGUCUGUCCAGUCCGUGUCUGAACGGGGGUGUGUGUGACGACCUGAUGGGGGGGUACUCCUGCACCUGCCUCCCGGGCUACUCUGGUUACCGCUGUGAGGUCAACGUGAAUGAGUGUAACAGCGCCCCCUGUCUGAAUGGAGGGACAUGUCAGGACGCGGUCAACAACUUCAGGUGUCAGUGUGUGGAGGGCUACCGUGGCAGGCUGUGCCAGGUGGAUGUUGAUGAGUGUCAGGCUAACCUUUGUAUCAACGGGGCCACCUGUGUAGACGGACCGGGCUCCUACACCUGCCGCUGCCCUCCUGGGUUCAACGGAAGCAGGUGUGAGACAGAGAUGUCGACCUCAUUCAACCUGGAUUUCGAGGUGUCGGGUAUCCAUGGUUAUGUAAUGAUGGACGGGGUGAUGCCUGCGCUGACGGAGAUCACGUGUACGUUCUGGAUGAGGUCAUCAGACACCACCAACUACGGCACGCCCAUCUCCUACGCCGUGGAGGAAAGUGACAACGCCUUCCUGCUCAUAGACUACAACGGGUGGGUCCUAUACAUCAAUGGUAAGGACAGGAUCACAGACUGCCCGGCGGUCAACACGGGCCAGUGGCACCACAUUGGGGUGUCAUGGAGAAGCUGGGACGGAGACUGGAGGGUCUAUAUCAACGGAAACCCCUCAGAUGGAGGGAAAGGCCUGUCAGUGGGCAGCACCAUCCCAGGUGGAGGGGCAUUGGUGCUGGGCCAGGACCAGGACCAGAGGGGUGAAGGCUUUAACCCCGUGGAGUCCUUCGUGGGGUCCCUCAGCCAGCUCCACAUCUGGGACAGAGUUCUGGACCCACAACAAAUCAAGAUCCUAGCCAGCACCUGCCCAGGGAAAAACAUCAGAGGCAACGUCCUGGCCUGGCCUGACUUCCUCAAUGGGGUGGUAGGGAGAGUGAAGACUAACCCCAACUGCAUCUUCUGCGCUGACUGCCCCCAGCUAGAGAAUGCAGUGCCUCACCUGCGUGCGUCCAGUCCAGCGGUCAGUCCCGGGUCUCAGACGCAGCUGUCCUGUGUUCCCGGCUUCUACCUGGUGGGGGAGCCGCUGCUGCAGUGUCACAACAAGGGAGAGUGGAGCCACGCCCUGCCUCGCUGUGAACGAGUGAAGUGUGGUUCUCCUUGGCCCCUGGAGCAUGGUCUGUUCCAGGGUGCCGACUACCAUGCAGGCAGCUCUGUGGUGUACCAGUGUAACCCAGGGUUCUACCUGCUGGGGGACGCCAAGGUCCUCUGUACCAACAGUGGGAAGUGGGGAGGCAACACGCCCGCCUGCCUGGAUGUGGAUGAGUGUGCACUGGGCUCAGACUGUGAUGAACACUCCAGCUGUCAGAACACAGACGGCUCCUACACCUGCACCUGUAUCCACCCCUACAGCGGAGACGGGAAGAACUGCACAGAACCAGUGAAGUGUGAGAACCCGGGGGCUCCAGAGUUCGGCUAUAAGGACGGUAUUAACUUCCUGAUGGGAAGUGAGGUCGUGUUCACCUGCGAGGAAGGCUACGAGCUGAUUGGCUCAUCUCAUGUCCUAUGCCUGGAGACAGGAAGCUGGAAUGGUGUUUUCCCGUACUGCAGAGCCCUCUCGUGUGGAAGGCCCUCUGUCCCAGAGAAUGCCGUGAUGAAGGGCACCAACUUCACGUUUGGAAGCAAGGUGACUUUCAGCUGUAUUAAGGGGUUCGUCCCAGGUGACCCCUAUGAGAUCCAGUGUCAGGCCAAUCUGAAGUGGAGCAGUGCGCCCCCUGUCUGUCAGCCAGUCACCUGCGGGGAACCUCCACACGUAGACAAUGCAGAUUUCACCCUCAAAGGGAAAACCUACCUGUCUACAGUGAUCUACAGCUGUGCAGAGGGAUACAGACUGCAGGGCUCUGAGGAGGUGGUGUGUGAGGCGUCAGGAGAGUGGAGCAGCCCUGCCCCUCUCUGCGCCAGUGUCCACUGUGGAGACCCCCCCGCCCUCCGGGACUCAGUGACCAUGGGGGACGACCACACCCUGGGCAACAAGGUGCACUAUGUCUGCAAAGAAGGCUACACUCUGAUUGGACCAGAGUCCAGAGAGUGCCUGUCGACUGGCCAAUGGAGUCCCACUUCCGCUCAGUGUGUCCCCCGCUCCUGUGGCCCUCCCCCUUCCAUAGACCACGCCCUUGCUGUCGCCGGCCACCAGCUGUUUGGCGACACGGCCAACUACUUCUGCACGGACGGCUACACCGCUGGCAACAACUCCAAGGUGGUCUGCAAUGCCCAGGGAUUGUGGGCGCCCCCCGAAGGCCAGGAGGCCCCUCAUUGCAUCGCCACCUUCUGCCAGCGCCCACCUGACCUGCCCCAUGCCAUCUUGGACUCGGUCAACAAACUCAAGUACGCCAGCAACACAGAGCUCAACUACAAAUGCGAAGAGGGCUUCAUCCUCAACACGACCGCCAAAUUGAAAUGCAUGAUGGGAGGGGAGUGGACUCCAUCACCAUACGAAGUGGGUUGCGUCCCGGUGCGUUGCUCCAAACCGGGGGGCAUCGAGAAGGGGUAUGUGAGUGGGACCAACUAUAGUUUUGGAGCGAUGGUGGCGUAUAGCUGUGAUAAGGGUUUCCUGAUCCAAGGGGAGAAGAGGAGGACAUGUGAGGCCAAUGGAAAGUGGGGUGGGGUCCUGCCUGUCUGCCAGCCUGUCUCCUGCCCGUCCCCACCGUCACUCGAGAAUGGAUUCAUCCAGAACGAAGGUCAUUUCACCUUCAACAGCAAGGUGACAUAUGCGUGCGACGACGGCUACCGACUGACCGGCCAUCCGGAGAGAGUGUGCCAGGCCAACCGCCAGUGGUCCAACGGCGACCCGCCCGUCUGCCACAUCCUGACCUGCGACCCCCCGCCCAUCAUCCUACAUGGCCAAUACCGUGGCUCCGUUGGCUCCGUCUUCGAGGUGGGCCACAAGGUUGAGUACGUCUGCGACGAGGGCUACGAGCUAACCGGCGAUGCUGUGUGGAUGUGUCUGAAGUACGGCAAGUGGGACAAGUCGAGUCAUCCACGCUGCUCGCUAGUCCAUUGCCCAGAACCGCCCCUAGAUGAGAACCACCUGGUUCUACGUAGUUUGGACUCUGGAAUCGUGGAACUGUCCUGCGAGGAUGGCUAUGUUCUCCACGGCGCCCGGACCCUCCGCUGCACCCUCGCCCAGGAGUGGAACGACACCUUCCCUGUCUGCAAGCAGGUGUUUUGCGGUCCUCCGCCUGAGGUGGCAUUUGGUGACCCGUCAUCGGCACCGUUGUCUGCUCCAUCCUAUUUCGGCUCGGUGGUGAGCUACUCCUGCAUGGACGGAUUUACUCUGAGGAAGGAAGGGUCUGUGACCUGCCAGGCAGAUGGAUAUUGGAGCAGUCCUGUCCCAGAGUGCAUCCCAGUAGAGUGUCCCCAACCUGUAGAGAUAGCUAACGGCAUAGUGGACGUUCAAGGACUGAUGUACCUCAGCACGGCUCUCUACAGCUGUAAACCUGGGUAUAGCUUGGUUGGUAACGCUACAGUACUCUGUGGUGAAAGUGGGCACUGGAUCGGAGGUGUACCUUCCUGUCAACCAAUCGAGUGUCCCGUCCCGAAAGAGAUACCCAAUGGGAAGGUGGCAUAUAACAAACUCCAGUUCAACCACGUGGUCAACUUCUCCUGUCAUCGCGGUUACCGUCUACAUGGUCCCGAGACGCUGAAGUGUCUAGCGAACGGGGAGUGGGACGAGGGGACGCCUGUGUGCGUCCAGAUCUACUGCGCUCCACCGAACCCCAUAGACAACGGCUUUGUGGAGGGUCUCGACCACAAGUUCGGCGUCACCAUCUUCUACAGCUGUUUCCCCGGCUUCCAAUUGGUCGGCCAGAACCACCUGACCUGUGAGGAGUUCGGUUGGUCCAGUUCCGUCCCAGUCUGCAUCCCCUCUGACUGCGGCCUUCCCCCUCAUAUCGACUUCGGCGAGUAUUCGAGGCUCUUGGAUCCGAAUGCGGAGCUAGCCGGGAGGGACGCUGCUAUAACCUCCAUGCCUAUAGGUGGUGCUACAGUGCCAUUAUCACCCAUGGAUAUGAGCUUCCUGCAUGGGACUGUAAUAGUGUACCGCUGCCAUAAGAGCUAUGAGCUCACAACCUCUACUUCCUUAGUGUGCCUGGAGGAGGGGAGGUGGAACGGGACAGCUCCCAUGUGUGUUCCUGCCGAGUGUGAGGAUCCGCCCAGCCCGGACCACGGUUCUGUGAACGUCACAGACACAUCCCUGGGUAGCCUGGUGAAGUACAGCUGUGAGGAGGGCUACGAGUUAGAGGGGGAGUCAGUCAGACAGUGUGUGGCGGGCCGACAGUGGAGCGACCUACCGCCUGUCUGCCGACCUAUAUCCUGCGGUGACCCGGGGGACAUCGAUAACGGCUCGGCCGAGGGAGACUCCUUCCUGUAUCUGGAGGUGUUGCGUUACGAGUGUAGUUCCGGGUUCGUCCUGAAGGACGGUGACACAAGGACCUGUAAGGCAGAUGGGAAGUGGGAUGCUGAGAAGCCUUGGUGUGAGCCUAUCUCCUGUGGCUCUCCCGUCGUUCCUAGUGAUGUCACUGUGACAGGGAAGGAAUAUACGUUUAACAAACAUGUAGCGCUGAGCUGUAAGUCCGGCUUGCUCCUACAAGGCCCCUCUGUUAGUGUCUGUCAGGCCGAUGGUACCUGGAGUCAUGGGUCGCCUGAGUGCCGUCCAGCCCACUGCGGUAGACCAGCAUCCAUCCCCAACGGUCGAGUCCUGGGCUCUGACUUUGGCUACAGCCGUGAGGUGUGGUAUGAGUGUGAGGAGGGGUACAUCCUCAGCGGUGGCGAACCCAAGCGGAUGUGUCGAGAGGACGGACUCUGGGGGGAAGGUCCCACCCCUCGCUGUGACAUCAUCGCCUGUGACCCGCCGCAGGACAUCAGCCACGGUUACCUCAACGGCUCCAGCUUCCACUAUGAUGAUGUCGUGGAGUACGUGUGUUUUGACGGGUACGAGGUCUUCGGUGACCCCGUCUUACGCUGUUCCGCCCAAGGCCAUUGGGUCGGAACGGUACCGGAGUGCCGCCCCUGCCUCUGCACCCCUCCAGUGUUAAAAUACGGGGUGGUACUGGGGCGCGACCACGCCUGCGGCGACCGCGUCUUCUUCCUCUGCGACGAGGGCUAUAAGGUCCUGGGGCCGGCGGCUGCAACUUGUGAGAAGGGCGGGGUGUGGAGCCCGGGUGUUCCUGUGUGUGGCCGGGGUAGGUGCGUGGCUGCCCCGCCUGCAGUACCCCAUGCUGUCCUGCAGGGCGCCAGCACCACUGUCCCAGACACAGUUACCUACAGGUGCAGGCCGGGUUACCAGAUGAAGGGGUCCUACCCCCAUGUUACCUGUGGUAGGGAGGGCAGGUGGGGCGAGGUGAGGAUCAGCUGUGAGCCCAUCUCCUGUGGAGAGCCAACUGCUAAACAACAUGCCCACAUGGUGGGAGAGAUGUUCACCUUCGGAAGCCAGAUCCAAUAUAGGUGUGAUGAGGGGUAUGAGCUGACCAGCCAGUCUGACUCUCUGACCUGUCAGUAUGACGGCACCUGGUCUAAACACAUCAUCAGGUGCCACCCCGCCCCAUGUCUGCUCCCUGCCAACCUCACCACCCACGUCCUGGUCACGGGGGAGGACCUCACCCCUGUAGGGGGGGCAGUCACCUUCUCCUGCCCACCUGGGUUCCUCCUGCAGGGGCCAGGCCUGGCAGAGUGUCUGCUGGGUGGUAGCUGGUCUCCAGGCCUCUCCUCUGUCUCCUGUGUUCUGGUGGUUUGUGAGAAACCUCCUCCUCUUCCUCAUGGUAUCUCUAAGGGGGACAGUUACAGCUGCGGAGACAUCGUCUUGUACACCUGCCUGUCUGGGUUUGAGAUGAAGGGAGACUCUGUGCAAACCUGUCAAGGAGAUAGAACAUGGAAUGGGGCUCAGCCUACCUGUGUCGCUGUGUCGUGUGGUCCACCUCCCUCAGUGGAGAAUGCAGAGUUACAGGCAUCAGGGGAGACGUACCAGAGCAACGUCAGCUAUGUUUGCAACCCUGGCCUACAUCUAAUUGGUGCACAGAACCUCACCUGUUUGGCCAACGGAACAUGGAGUUUGCCUGCACCAACGUGUGAAGUUGGCCAGGGUUGUAACAUCCCCAAGGAGUUGUUGAAUGGCAGGGUGCAGGAGCAGAGCCUGACCACCGGGCGUGCUGUAGCGUUUCAGUGUGAUAAAGGCUACGCCCUACAGGGGGAUGCUCUGGUGGCGUGUAUGGGCGAUGGGACAUGGAGCUCCAUCUUCCCCUUCUGUCAUCCCAAACCAUGUCCCCCUCCCCCUGGAUGGAAGGAGAGCAGUGGGAGUGUUAACACUUCUAAACGGCUGUUCUACGUGGGUCAGUCAUUACCGUUCACCUGUCCCAAGGGCCACCAGGGAAAAGGCACCGCCUCCAUCACCUGUAGGAGCGACCAGACAUGGACCCCAGUCAGCACUGCCUGUGAGAGGGUGUCCUGCGGCCCCCCUCUCCACGUGGCCAACGGGGUGGUGCGGGGGGCGGUGUUCCAGUUCGGGGACGUGGCCGUGUACUCAUGUUUCGGAGGGUAUGCCGUAGAGGGCCACGGCAGGAGUAUGUGUCUGGAAAACAGGACCUGGACCCCCCCUCCCGUCUGCAGAGCGGUGUGUUGGCUGCAGUGCCUGAACGGAGGGGUGUGUCACAGACCCAACACCUGUUCCUGUCCUGAGGGGUGGAUGGGUAGACUGUGUGAGGAACCUAUCUGCAUCCUGCCGUGUCUGAACGGCGGGCGGUGCGCGGCACCCUACCAGUGCGAGUGUCCCACGGGCUGGACAGGGACGCGCUGUCACAGUGCGGUGUGCUCGUCAUCCUGUCUGAAUGGUGGGAGGUGCAUCAGGCCUAACAGGUGUCACUGCAGUCUAGGGUGGAGCGGGCACGACUGCUCUAGGAAAAGGAAAACUGGAUAUUUUAAUAUUUAAGACAUUUCAACGUGAAAGAAGAUUUCGCUCUCCGUGAAGGGAAUUUUGUGUAAUUAUUUCAUAAAUGUAAACCAUGAAUUCUGUCCCCCAUCCCUCCCAGGGAAACAAAAACAGAUACAUUUUGUAAAAUAAAGCUGUAUUUUUUUCAUAUAGAAAAUGAACAGUAUUAAAUAUGCUGCUAUACUGGUAUGAUGUGUAAAAACGAUGUGAUUGUCCAAUGUAUAUGUGUAAACUAUCCUCACGUUUUUAUUAAAGCAUAAAAUACAAC